AACCUCAAAUAAUCAAUAUCUAGAAUUCUCAUUACUUCAAACCACAAAGCCAAGAUGGCGGAAGCAGCAGAAAACCCAGAUGUCCCUUCAAACAAGAAGGCUUUUAUUCCUUUAGGUAAGGUUAUCUCAUCUCUUGCUCCGCUCAAGCGUCCCAUUACCCCAAGCUAACCACUCCAGAAAACAACCCCGAAGUAAUGUCCUCUCUCCUCCAUAAGCUCGGACUUUCAACCACACUCUCCUUCCACGACGUAUUCUCCAUUGAAGAGCCAUCCUUUCUCUCUUUCAUCCCCCGUCCCGCUCUCGCUCUCUUGUUAGUUUUCCCAGUCUCGAAAAGCUAUGAAGAAUUUCGCUAUUCUGAGGAUAAGGACCGGGAGGAUUAUAAGGGCAAAGGAGAGAAUGAACCAGUUAUUUGGUACAAACAGACUAUUAGGAAUGCAUGUGGUUUAAUUGGGCUCUUGCAUGCUGUGAGUAACGGAGCUGCAAAGGGUUUUGUUGGUAUGUUCUAUGCUCCUCUUAUCCUUUGGGCAAGUCUUAACACUAUUUUCCCUUCUGUAGGACAAGAUACCCCUCUGGGGAAGCUAAUUAAAGACGCAAUUCCGCUCAGCGCCGUCGAUCGCGCAGAUCUUCUAUAUAAUUCCCAAGCCCUUGAAUCCGCCCAUCAAAGCGCCGCAACCCAAGGCCAGUCCUCUACACCCGAUGCCGAAGACAACGUCGAUUUACACUACGUAUGUUUCGUGAAAGACGAGAAGAAUAAUCUGUGGGAGAUGGAUGGGAGGAGAAGAGGUCCACUCGACUUAGGGUCACUGGGACCAGAUGAAGAUGUCCUUAGUGAGAAGGCAUUAGAUUGGGGAGUGAGGAAGUUUUUGAAGAGAGAAGAGGAGAAUGGUGCUGAGUUGAGAUUUAGCUUGAUUGCAUUGGCACCAAGUCUAGAUUAGGAAGGCGGAAGGCAAGAUUAUGAUUAUGACUAUCACGAAGCAUUUUUUUUUAGAGGAUCGGAAGGGACUGGCGUUGCAUGGUAUCAAAUGAGCACUCACAACACAGCUGCACUCGGGCUUCAAA